AUGCCGCGGGAUUGGAGGUACGAGUCCGAGCUGGCAAAGUUCCUCGAGACUGAACAAUACCUUCAAACCUUGGACUCGUCUUCUAUCGUGAGCUGCCAGUUCAAUAAUAAGAAUCUAUCUGGUCUUGCCGAUACAAUUACAGUCCUGCGGCAUAUCCAGAGACAACUUGUGCAUACUAAAAAGCACUACAAUCAGGUGAACAAACUGGUGGAUUUUCUGGAUAAAUUCCUUGGUGAUAUUGGUUCUCUUUCGCCAGAUCAGGCUUUCCAGCGCAUGCACAUUCUGCGACAGUGGCUCUUUUGGCUUCCUCCAGUCAUGCUGCGAGAUGGCGUUGACGACAACCUCGGUCUAGCGGUUCUAGCACAAUUUUUUGCUGUGGGACUCAACCUGUACUGCUUAUUUCCAGAGCUAGGAUGCCAUGAUCUUGGGCCAUUGGCUGUGGGCCCUAUUAAAGAAAUUGACCGUACUGUCCGUGCGCGCAACAUGGCGAAGCCUCACGACCCGGACGUACAACUGGCCAUGUACCUCAUGGGCAUGCCCCAAAGUAUCGCCACCAAGUAUCAGGAUCGCCUUAUCGCCGACGAAAGUGCUGUGGGACUAUAA